AUGACCUACUGCCAAACUUGUGAUACCUACGGUUCAUGGUCAUUAUCAGGAGCUAAGCCAAUUGCAUCAGCAAAAGUCAGUGUCAUAUGCAAAGACUACAAGAAAAGAGUAAACUUUUACAAGGCAUUUGAAGCAAAUUCAUAUGGUUAUUUCUAUGCUGAGUUGAAUGGUUUCAAAAUGGGACAUUCUUAUCUUGACCAUCCACUUCAUUCUUGUCGUGUGAAAUUGGUGUCUUCUCCUCAAGAAAAUUGCAAUAUUUUUAGUAACAUUAAUUAUGGUCUUAAUGGUGCACCACUAAGAUUUGAUGACAAAGUAAUUGAUAGAAGUGAUUACAAGGCCGUAAUUUAUACUGUUAGUCCGUUGGCAUUUCGACCAACUUACUGCCCUCCUAAAUAA